GACAUUUAACUAUUUAAGUAGAAACUGCAAGGUAAUUUUAAUUCAAAAAAUAAUAAAAAAAUACUAGUAGAGAAAUGUAUAACUUUCGAGAUUUUGAAUCAUAUAAAUUCAAUGGCUCAAUCGAUUGCGCCACACUAUACAAUACUGCAUGUUAUAUGCAGCUAUUUUUCAGUUUAUAUGACAAUAAAAUAGCGUUGCUACCCAAGCAAAAGAGUUUAGUCGAUUAGGCGAUGCAGGUUACGUGUCGCUACACAUUACUUAUAAUAGUAGGUAGGUAGCUUAUAUAGGUAGUCUACGCCUGCAAGAUACUCAAUAGCCUACACGUAACGCAAAAGGUUGAUCUUACUAUUGCUCACUAGAUCGACUGAAAAAUAAUAAAAUGGCACCAAAGAAGAAUAAGAAAAGUAAUAAGUUGGCUCGAAUGAGCGACGAGGAAAAGUUGCGAUACCUGCAGCACCGGGCAGCCAUAGAAGAAGAGACGAAACGACGGAAAGAACAAUUAGUCGCCACGUACUUAAAGAGCAAGUUGAAAAAAGAGGAAGCGUUUACCCGGCUAAAUACUGCCAAACUGAACCAGCAAUGGCGACACAACUUGCGGCAAAUCAAGUGCAAGGAACUGAAAGACGAAAUGAUGACGAUGGAAAACCGAUUCCAAAUCUUAUUAGACUGCAAAAACGACCACAUAGACAUGUUAUUGAGAGACUUGGAAGAUGCUGAGGAACAAAAUCUAAAACAGUACGGAGCACACGCUGAGAUUGUAUCUCAAUUCUUGAGUAUCCAUGAGAAAUCAUUGCAAGAACUCCAUGCUCGCUACGAACACAAAAAGCAGUUGUUGUUAGACGAGUUGAAACAUAACUUUAGGUGGAUGAGAGAUAUAUUCAGUAGAGACGAUGAGCGCUUGGACCUUAUGUCUAUUAUUUUCGAGGCACGCAACGACGACGACACACAACAAAUCCACAUAAAUUUUGAAGACUCGAUUGCCGUAUUAAACAAUGAGAUGCUUUUCGAGAAAGAUAGGUUCACAAAAAUACGUUUCGCGGAGAUACAAACGACCAUGAAGAAAUUUCAGAAAGUCCUAGACGAUUACAGCAAUGAAACAGAGUCAAAAAAGAAUCAUUACAAUUAUUUAAAAAUGCGAGAUGAAGCCAACACCGCAUCUAUCGAAGAGAACAACAAACGGAUUCAUGCAUAUUCUGAAGAGAUCAAAAUGCUAACACAGCUAUGUGCCAAACGCGAAGCCCAGUAUGCGCAACGGGAAAAUGAAUUGAAACGGGACCGUGAAGACCUCAUAAAACGAGGUUUCGUGGCACAAAAUCAACUAAACGUUAAUCGAAACGAGUAUAAAAAUAAACUUGAAGCAAUGACGAAAGUAUACAAAAACGUUAUUGACAAAUUAACAAAUAUUUCAAAAAAAGGCGAGAGAAUAAUUAAAACAGCGGAAAAUUGUGCCAAACUAAUGAAUGAAGAUGAUAAUAACCUAAUCUGUCUGGACGAAGACAAUGACGAAGGAUGUUCGUCUCAGGAAUUCGAUAAAAUGUCGAAAUUCUGGAAGCGUUACGCUCGAGCGGACGUGCAGUGCCAAGAGCUCGACGUCAGACGAACAAAAGCCGCACAGGAGAACAAAGACCUGAAAGCCGCUCUGACCUACUACUUAAAGACUAUUGCCCGACCGGCGUCGGUGCAAAGGGACAUAAAAGACGGCGGUAUACAGUUGAAUUUGCUUCCAGUAAAAGCCGGAUGAAAAUAUUAUGAAACGCUUCAAAUGGGGUCGACUCUAUUAUAACAUUACAUAAUGGCAUAAUGCCAUUGAGUAUAGAUAGUCUAUACUCAAUGAUAAUACUUUAGUAGAAAUGUAGAAUUAUUACUAAUAAAGCAUCGCAGUAUUAUACUCAUAUCAUUAUAUUAUAGUAGGUAACCUGACGAAUUAUUUUUCACAUUUUAGAUUUUUAUUUUUGAUCUCCUGCUCGAAAUGGUACAAUACAAUGAUUAAUAAUUAAUACCUACCUAUAUGAUUUUCACGAGUUAUAACACCACAUUUUAAGACUAAAAAAAAAUUCCAGAAGAUUGAAUACCUAUAGCAUAGAGUGAUUUCAGGUAGGAAAUUAGAUCUAGAUGAUAGGUACUUUUUUUAGUGUAGGUGGGAGAGCGUCAAAAGAAAAAAGGCGGAUAAGUGGAUGUCGCUCUGCUGUACAGUAGAUUACAUGUGGGAUCUAUUAUUACUGAAAAUGUCUGUAAUGGAUAGUA